UAUAAAUCAUAAUAAUAACAACAAUAAUAAUAAUAAUAAUUAAUAAUAAUGUUUGUAUCGAUUUAAAAACACCUUUCUGUAUCUCUCUCUCUCUCUUUUCACUGAUAUGACAUAUGAGGAGGCAUUUGUGCUAUUAAAAAAAAUCAGCAAGAUAAAUAACAGGAUCGUUUUGGGGUAGGGCACUCGUGGACCACAUUUCCCAUGAUGCCUUUCGGUUAUGACGACUAGAUCGGGAGGAGCUUGCGUAUUUUUUUUUUUACACUCCAUAUUUUUUAUUUACCAUAUUUAUUUAUUUAUUUGAUUUUCGGGAGCAGGAACAGAGUGUGAUGGCGUCAGGAUCAUGUAGGAUGUGCUCGCGGGGACAGUAGACGCGUGAUCUGCGGUGUAGACACAGAUCCACACAGAGCUCAGCGGCACAAUAGGAAAGAGCGAACAAAAGGCACGUUUAUCCGUUUAUGCUGUUUUCUCUUUCAGUUCAGCCGAGCGUUUGGGAAUCGCGAGCGCCUGGAAUAUUGGCCUGCUGAAUCGCAGACGAGGAUUUUCUGGACGCAUAAACGACCCGAAGAGCUCGUGUGAUUUUAACAUUUGAAGAGCCUUUGAGGAACACACCGAGAGACGGGAGCAGAAGCAAAAUCAUCGCAUCUCGAUGGGCUGCCGUGGACCAGAAUCGCUGCUGAUGUGAUAAUGGAUGGUAGUGUCGGGGAUUGGUGUGUAAACCUGUGAAAGGAGACUGAGAACAGCAACAGCAGGAAAGUCGAGCGGAGAAACAAGGAAGCGACCGAUCUCUCUCUCUCUCUCUCUCUCUGUCUUUUUCCUCUCUCUCUCUCAGUCUCUCUCUCUCUCUCUCUCUCUCAUUGUGUCCAUCUAUCGUAAGAAAACAUCAAUCUAAUGCUCGAUCAAGGAGUAUGCGACUCCACACGAGCAGUUGAAUGCAGAGGGGAUGUCUGGCAGUAAGGCGCUGGGAGGCGCGCGGCGGCGGCGGACACGGUGCCGGCGCUGUCAAGCGUGUAUGCGGACCGAGUGCGGCGAGUGCCACUUCUGCAAGGACAUGAAGAAGUUCGGUGGACCGGGACGGAUGAAGCAGUCGUGUCUGCUCAGGCAGUGCACUGCGCCGGUGUUGCCCCACACGGCCGUGUGUUUCGCAUGCGGCGAAGCGGGGAAGGAGGACACGGUGGAGUCGGAGGAGGAGAAGUUCAGCCUGUCGCUCAUGGAGUGCACCAUCUGCAACGAGAUCAUCCACCCCAGCUGCCUUAAGAUGGGAAAGUCUGAAGGCAUCAUUAAUGAUGAGAUCCCAAACUGCUGGGAAUGUCCAAAGUGCCACAAGGAGGGAAAGACUAGCAAGGAUCAAGGAGACGGUUUAGGAAAGCGGCGCAUGGACAAUGGGGAGGUGAGUCGCUGGAAGCUGACGGACGACCCGCCGCCCAGUAAGAAGAAGAGCCUGUCUCUAGACGAUACGACUCGUCAGGAUGGAGCGAAACGCAAGAAGGAGAAGGACCUUCCCCAGGAGAGCGCUUCCAAGAAGAAGAUCAAAGGUGCCCGUGAUAAACAUCUGAAGAAGAAAGCGAAACCCAACUCCUCGGAUUCUUCUGAAGCGAACGGGCCGAACUCGUCGUCGGGCGGCGGACACAGCUCUGCCGGAGGCUCCGCCGCAGCGCAGGCCUCGACGCAGAGCCAGGAUCAGCGCUCCCAUCACCGCGAGAAACUCGAGCGCUUCAAACGCAUGUGUCAGCUCCUGGAGCGAGUGCGGGACUCCAGUUCCUCGUCCUCGUCCAGCUCCGAAACCGACUCCGAGUCGGACUCGGACUCCCCGUCUCCCGUCGCCGCCUCGGAGCCUUCCUCUCCGGCCGGCGUGUACGGCAACAGCGGCGCCCGCGAGCGCGAUCGGAACCGGCGUCUGGCCGAGCUGGGCUUCAGCGCCAGCGAGGAUUCCGAGGGCGAGAGCGUAGCGGCGGAACAUGAGCAGGACAACACGGACGAGCCGCAGCCGCAGCGCCGCAGAGGAGACGCGAACGCCAGGGUGCGGAAGGCGCUCGCGGACGCCGAGGCGGACGACGACGAGGAAGGGUCGGGGGAUCGGGGUCACAAAGCCGUGGCCCCGCCCUCGCCGCUGUCAGCUACGCAACCGGCCACCUUCGGACACGGACACUUAGCGGGCCCCGAAGGCCUCUCCUCGUCCAAGCGCGCCAACGGACAGGACGCGCGCAACGGCCGCACGCGGGUGGCCGGUAGAGAGGUGCAGGAGAAGGAGAACUCCAACAGCAGCGCCGUAACCAAUCACCGGCACGGCGCCGCGAAGGCCGUUCGCGGUAGCAAAAUCCGCGGAGGAAGUCGGCAAGGCCAGAACAUUCCCUCCAAUAAGAGCACGGGUACGGCGGCGGUCGGUUCCGCUACCGCGAACGGCAACGCCGCCACGUCUAACCCGGCUAACCCGGCCGGCGCCUCGCUGGCUCCGCAUCGUUCGCAGCAGUCGCGGGUGGUGCCGGCGCGCUCGCAGCUGGUGAAGAGGAGCCCCGUGGCCGUGCCCUCGCCGCCGCGGCCCCUGCAGAUGGAGCGACACCUAGUGCGGCCGCCGCCGGCCUGCCCCGAGCCACACUGCCUGCCGCUGGACAGCGGCGCGUCGCACGUGCUGCCGAGGGAGGUCUGGCUCCGUGUCUUCCAACAUCUCAGUCAACGGCAGCUGUGCGUCUGCAUGCGCGUGUGCCGCACCUGGAGCCGCUGGUGCUGUGAUAAGAGGUUAUGGACUCAGAUCGACCUGAGUCGCCAGCGCUCCAUAACUCCUCCGAUGCUGAGCAGCAUCAUCCGCCGACAGCCCGUGUCCCUCAACCUGGGCUAUACCAACAUCUCCAAGAAACAGCUCAUGUGGCUGAUUAACCGAUUGCAAGGUCUGCUGGAGCUGAACGUGGCGGGCUGCUCGUGGUCCUCGGUCUCGGCGCUCUGCCAGUCGGUGUGUCCCUGUCUGCGGCUCCUGGACCUCAGCUGGGUGGAGGAUCUGAAAGACUCUCAUCUGAAAGAGCUGCUGGCUCCGCCGUCCAACGACACGCGCUCAGCUCACGGAGAGAACCGAGGCGGACGUUUCCAGAACGUGACGGAGCUGCGACUGGCGGGCCUGGAAGUGACCGACGCCGUGUCGCGCCUGUUGGUGCGCUAUCUUCCUCACCUGACCAAGCUUGACCUCAGUCAGUGCUGCCACAUCACGGACCAGACCGUCCACACGCUGACCUCCCCCAUAUCGCCGCUCAGAGAGAGCCUCACGCACGUCAACCUGGCAGGCUGCGUGAAGGUGACGGAGCAGUGUCUGCCGUUGAUGCGCCGCUGCGCCUCGCUGCAGAGCGUGGACCUGCGAUCCUGCGGCCUCCUCGCCCCGGACGUCUGCCAGCUGCACUGCUUCCCCUCCGCCGAAGACAGACUCGUGCUCAAGAACAGCUAAAGAUUCCUGUCCGCCGACAACACUACAGGAAGAGACUCGCAACAUAGCGUCACAAGAAAGAACAUUUGUAAAUCAGAGACACUUUGCUGUUUUUUUUGUUUUGUUUUGUUUUUUUUAUUUCUGGAUCAACCAUUUGUGAAUGGAGAAAUCAAGUCCACAUAGAUAUUCCGUACCAGUAACGAGUGUGUGUACAAAUUAGUAGUUUGCUGUAAAUGACCCCUCCUGACCCCAGCGCAGCUCCGUCCCGCCGGGAACGCCGGCUCUGUCCCGGAGCGCGAGACCGCGCCGAAUGUAUGCUACCGUGGAGAGGUCGACUCGAACGCAGCCGUAAAAGUGUGUUUGGGUGAAUCUCAGGACAAGUCUUCACCCCAGAAUCAAGAGAUUUUAUUUGUUUGUCGGUUUGCGUGAAUAAAAUAAAGGCCGCUUUGGGACCGCGGAGACCGUUUUGCGUUCUGACGUGGUUUCGGCAGCGGUCGGCACAUUCGACGGCGUUUUACAUUAGAUCGGAAUCCUCGCUGCGGUCGAAGCUGAUUAUCGUGAGGCUCGGACACAGUGAUGAGAAUCAGGAGGAAAAGUGCCUAAAAAUCUUUAUGGUCCUAAAGCCAGGCUUGACUUUGGUUUGGGGUGACGUGUUCUGUUUCUUGAGAUUCACUCAUUGUGAUGGAUCAGUUUUUGGAGGUGUGUGUGUGAACAGUGUUAACGUCUGAGCGUUGGAUCGGCGAUGGCCUCCGACGGUGUGCUCGGUGUUCCCUUCUCUUCAUUGUAUUGGUGCCACACUCGCUCACGGCCUUGACGUGCCAUACGCUGACCGUCCUCUGUCCUUCCCCUCUUCGUUUCUGCUGUCUGUUCCUGGUCGGUGCGCUCACCAAACCCCGGCACUGAGGGACACGGAUCUCACCGGCCACGGCGCGCUUCUGAAAGCCUCGCAGACUCGGGCUCGAGUAGCUGCUCUGACGCUGUACGUACCCGCGUUGUCACGCUCUGCUCUGCUCUUUCUUAUAUAAUGUCACAGGGUGAAUGUUGCUGUAGAUUCCUGCAAAUCUGGAAAGGUUUUCACAGAACGAGGCAAAGCGGCGACGGACUUGCCGUUCGGUCAGAUCGUUAAAGCUGCUCGCUUUUAAACCCGGAACGGUCCGAACUCGGUGACGCCUCCCGUUAGCAAUGGAGAAAAGUCUGUCUGUUAGGGAACAGUGAAGAAAAAUGCUUUGUGGCCAAUUAGUUUGAAGACGUAUUAGAGAACGAGACGGUUGGUGUUUCCAGUCGUAUUCAGUGUUAUCGCUAACCGCACGUUUUUCCGUGUCCGAGUCGCUUCCCGCCUGCCGUCGCGGUCGUUCGAUCUCCGAGCGAGCGGGAAGGGUCUCGCUGACGGGAAGCCGGACCGCCGUCGCCGUCUGUUUUAAUGGUUCUGAUUUGAAAGCGGUUCCAUCUUCUCUGUGGAACUGUUGAACGGGCCCUUACGAGGGACCCUCGAAAACAACUUUUCUUCAGUCUUUCGGUGAGCUCUGCAGCUACUUCCUUCCAGAAUACGAUGCAUGUCGACACCUUUCACUGACUGUAUUCCUUGCACACUUAUAUUCAGUAUUGGGUCCAAUACAUGGCAGUUCAAAGUGUUUGAUGGCAGUAGACAAACAGCAUCCCUUAAAAGUGACCUCGACAAUGUAGUUGCAAUGUUUUUUUUUGUUGUUGACGUUGUUGUUGUUGUUGUUGUUUUUAGAUUUCACGUUCAGUGCGGUUUGCGUUUUAAGACGUUCUGGCGCGUCGGGAAAUACCCGUGUGCGGUUUAUAGUUACAUAUCAAACACUGAGUUGUUAAUCAUCAGGUUGAAGAUUUUCUGGAAUCGCAAGAUCGAAAGUCGAAGAACUCGAAUAGGUUUUAAAUACGGUUCCUCUUUCGUCCGACCAUGUUUUGUUUUGUUUUGUUUUGUUUUUUAGCAGAUUCAUAGCCCACUAAACUCAAUUGCCAUGUAUGAACCAAACAUUCACCCUGUUGAAUGCACAGGCUGAAAUCAUGUUAUUAUAAUAUUUUGCCAAAAUUUCCUGUUUUUGGGGCGUUCAUAUAUAAAUAUAUAUAUUUCUUCCUUUGCAUUGAUCCAUGUGAUAGAAUAUGUGAAACAAUGGGGAAAAAGAAAAACAAGGCAGCUACUAUAAGAGUGACUACUGUAAAAUGUCUAAUUAAAUAAAGACAAUGGGGGUUGUUUUUAUUUGCUUUGCUUUGCUUUUCUUUUCUUUCCUCAGUGUGCUGCAUACACUACUGAAAUACUGGAGAGUCCUGCCAACUGAAAAAAAAAAAAACAAGGAAGUCAUUU